AUGGAAGACCCUGUUGUGGAUACAGUAGUCAUACCAGAACCAGAACCUGAGCCGGAGGAACCAGAACCUGAGCCGGAGGAACCAGAACCUGAACCAGAACCUGAGCCAGAGCCAGAGCCAGAUCCCGAGCCGGAACCAGAGCCGGAACCAGAGCCAGAGCCAGAGCCAGAGCCAGAACCAGAACCAGAACCAGAACCAGAACCAGAUCCAAAACCAGAGCCAGAGCCAGAACCAGAGCCAGAGCCAGAUCCCGAGCCGGAGGAACCAGAUCCUGAGCCGGAGGAACCAGAUCCAGAUCCUGAUCCAGAGCCAGAGCCAGAUCCCGAGCCAGAUCCUGAGCCAGAUCCUGAUCCAGAGCCAGAACCUGAGCCAGAGCCGGAGGAACCAGAUCCAGAUCCUGAUCCAGAGCCAGAGCCAGAUCCCGAGCCAGAUCCAGAGCCAGAUCCUGAUCCAGAGCCAGAACCUGAGCCAGAGCCGGAGGAACCAGAUCCAGAUCCUGAUCCAGAGCCAGAGCCAGAUCCCGAGCCAGAUUCAGAGCCAGAUCCUGAUCCAGAGCCAGAACCUGAGCCAGAGCCGGAGGAACCAGAUCCAGAUCCUGAUCCAGAGCCAGAGCCAGAUCCCGAGCCAGAUCCUGAGCCAGAUCCUGAGCCAGAUCCUGAGCCAGAUCCUGAUCCAGAGCCAGAGCCAGAGCCAGAGCCAGAACCUGAGCCAGAGCCAGAGCCAGAACCUGAGCCGGAACCAGAGCCGGAACCAGAGCCAGAUCCUGAUCGAGAGCCAGAGCCAGAGCCAGAGCCAGAGCCAGAGCCAGAGCCAGAGCCUGAUCCUGAGCCGGAGCCAGAGCCUGAUCCUGUACUUGUAUUAUUGUUUGCAUUUGUAGUCGUUGUUCCACCAGCUUCUUCAUUGGUAGUUGACGAGGAAAGAGGGUGA